AUGUCGACCAGCGCAGCGACUGGCCUCGCCAUCACGAAUCCCUUGGUGAAGUAUAGGGCAUUGGUUGCUACAAAGGCCAUCAGUUCUGAUCCUGCACAACAUCGACUAGCAAUCCACCUGGCAAAGUUAUACGAACGAUUGAAAGACUACGAACCAGAACUAGAAUACAGCCAUCGACUGGAUCAAAUCUCCCGAGCCGUCAACUCAGGACAACACCGCCGGAAUGCUGAUUGGAGCCCUGAGCAGCCGCCUCCAAGGCAGAGUGCCUGGCGAUCGUUUCUCGCAGCGAAGGAGAAGCGGGAUACAAUGGCUCUCACCAGGAGACUGACAUCCCAUGAAUCGGCUCUGCAGAUGAACUCACCCAAGGGAUUGAUGCUUCAUGGAGAGGUUGGGACUGGCAAGAGUAUGCUCAUAGAUCUUUUCGCGGAUUGUCUUCCCAAUCGGAAGAAGCGAAGGAGUCAUUUCAAUACGUUCAUGUUGGAGACUUUCGCUAAAUUAGAGGCAUUACGAGCCGAGAGGUCGAAGGCUGGAGGGUCUCGAUUACCUUCGCAACUCGCAUUCUCUGAGGACGAUUACUCGCUACUAUGGCUGGCGAAAGACAUGAUCCAAACCUCGCCGAUAUUGUUCCUCGAUGAAUUUCAAAUGCCGGAUAGAGUGGCCAGCAAGAUCCUGACAAAUCUGAUGACGGGCUUCUUUCAGCUUGGUGGGGUGCUCGUGGCUACGAGUAAUCGUAUGCCAGAAGAGUUGGCGAAGGCGGCGGGUAUCGGAUUUGCGCCGCCUCCGCAGAGAGGUUUUGGGUGGCAGCUCGGAUUCGGCAGGCGGAAACAGAGCAGUGGCAUGUAUGGUGGCUCGAACGAGUUUGCUGCUUUCCUGGAGGUGUUGAAGGCGAGGUGUGAGGUUUGGGAGAUGGAGGGUGGGAAGGAUUGGCGGCGGAUCGAGAGCGGAAGUGUGGCGCCUAUUAAGGAUGUCGAUGUUGAGAGUAUGGCUGAUAGUGCAGUCGUCGUGGAGGACGUCGCGAUUGAUGGGGGCACGGCUGAGCUUGCGGAGGAUUUGAAGCCGGUUUCACUUCCCAAGCACUAUAGUGCGGCGACUGAGCAGCAACAAGGAGACCCUCUGGAUGCUGCUCUCAUUGUUGCUACCCACGGACGAGGCUCGGAUACUGUCACCUGGGCACCACAGACGCUAAAGGUCUACGGCCGAGUCAUCGACAUUCCACGUGCAUACGAAGGCAUCACUCUUUGGACAUUCGAUGAGCUGUGCAAGGCGACAUUGGGCCCAGCAGACUACAUUACCCUGGCAUCGACAUACCACACUCUCAUACUCACCGACGUACCAAUCUUGAACUGGCUGAUGAAGAACGAAGCGAGACGUUUCAUCACGCUGCUGGACGCACUGUAUGAAUGCAGAUGCAAGCUGUUCGUGAGUGCAGCCGCCGGACCAGACGACAUCUUCUUCCCAGAAGAGCAGAAGAAGACGAGGGAGGAAGGCGACAGCGGCGAUUCAGUCUACUCAGAAACACUCUCAGAGGUGUAUCAGGACGCCACGGCGCCAUUCCGACCAAACGUCUUGACUGAAAACCCAAACUACGCAGAGCCGGACACGGAGCCUGACUACACGCAUGCUCGACUUGCUGGUCUCCUUCGCGCUGACUCUCUCGAAGACGACUCACCGACCGCACCCAGCGUUUCCAGAGGCGCCAAAGGAGGUUCAACGAGCAACCCUUUUGGUCGCUCCUUCGGCAAAACCGACGCCGAAAUGGAGAGAAAGCCCGUCGACCCAGACGAAGUCCGCUACACCGUCCGUCCAGACUUCCAAAAGACCAGCGCCUUCACAGGCGAAGACGAGCGCUUCGCAUACAAACGUGCCCAAAGUCGUCUCUGGGAAAUGUGCAGCCAACGCUGGUGGGCUCGCAACGAACCAGACUGGCACAGACCGCUGCCACAGGAGAUCCGACGCUGGGAGAGAGUCGGCGAAGAUAUCGAUCUGCCCAAGUAUCCGGACGCAGGCUCUGUGGCUAAUACGGAGAUUCGUAUGGUGGGCGCUGUGGAGGAUGCCACGAGGGAUGAGAGGAGUUUCAAGAAGUUUGAUAACGCUCCUGUCGCUGCCGAGGAUGUUAAGUCACCUUUUCGAGCUGAGAGGGAGCCUCCGAGGAAGAUCUCCUGGACGCACAUUUGGGGGACGAUGAAAUGGGGCGCUAAGGCUGGGGCUUGGGGGCAGGGUCCGGAGGGGUUGAAAGAUAGGGGCAGGGAGAAGAGGUAG